AUGCCAAGGAAGGCUAUUGAUUCGCGCAUCCCAGCGCUGAUUCGAAAUGGCGUCCAGGAGAAAAAGCGCAGCUUUUUUGUGAUCGUUGGUGAUCGUGCAAAGGAUGUGAUUGUGCAUCUCCACUACAUCAUGUCCAGCGUGGAUGUGAAGCAGAACAAGCCCGUGCUGUGGGCUUAUAAGAAGGAUCUUCUGGGUUUCACCAGCCAUCGGAAGAAGCGCGAGGCAAAAAUCAAGAAGGAGGUCAAGAGGGGUAUCCGGGAACCGAAUGAAGAGGAUCCUUUUGAGCUUUUCAUCACCCUUAACCAAAUUCGUUACGUCUACUACAAGGAGACCGAAAAAAUCCUGGGUAAUACCUAUGGAAUGUGUAUUCUGCAAGACUUCGAGGCCAUGACGCCAAACCUGUUGGCUCGCACAGUUGAGACCGUGGAAGGCGGUGGUAUGGUGCUGUUGCUGCUGAAAAGCAUGAACAGUCUGAAACAACUAUAUACUUUGUCCAUGGAUAUCCAUUCACGAUACCGCACCGAAGCCCAUGAUGAUGUGGUCGCUCGUUUCAACGAGCGCUUCAUUCUUUCCCUUGGAAGCUGUGACUCGUGCUUAGUGGUCGAUGAUGAAUUGAAUGUAUUGCCGAUUUCGGGCGGCAAGAAUGUCAAGCCUUUACCUCCCCCAGAGUCCACCGACGAGGCCGCCAACUCAGGCUCAAAGAAGGAACUGAAGGAAAUCAAGGAAAGCCUUGCGGACACACAGCCUGUGGGUCCUCUGAUCCAGCUUGCACGCACCGUGGAUCAGGCCAAGGCCCUCCUGACGUUUGCCGAUGCAAUCGCUGAAAAGACCUUAAAGAGCACUGUCACCCUGACCGCGGGUCGUGGCCGAGGAAAGUCUGCGGCUCUCGGUGUAGCGAUUGCAUCUGCUGUUGCGCAUGGCUACAGCAAUAUUUUCAUCACAUCCCCUAGCCCGGAGAACCUGAAGACGCUCUUCGAGUUCGUAUUCAAGGGUUUCGAUGCUCUGGGCUAUCUGGAUCAUGUUGAUUACACUAUCCUCCAGUCUACCAACCCUGAUUUCAACAAGGCUAUCGUGCGAGUCAACAUUCAUCGCAAGCACCGACAAACAAUUCAGUACAUUCAGCCGCAAGAUGCACAUGUUCUAGGACAAGCCGAGCUUUUGGUAAUUGAUGAGGCUGCCGCUAUCCCACUGCCCCUUGUUCGCAAGCUGAUGGGACCGUACCUGGUAUUCAUGGCCUCUACCAUCAACGGCUACGAAGGAACAGGUCGGUCACUUUCUUUGAAGCUGAUCCAACAGCUUCGAGAGCAGUCUCGUGGUGGCAUCAGACUCAAGUCUGAUGAUACUGAUGUGGCGGAUCGCACGACGGGCAAGGCCUCCAAGCAUAGCGACAAGAACUUAGCUGGUCGAUCUUUGAGAGAAAUCACACUUUCGGAGCCUAUCAGGUAUGCUCCUGGUGACUCUGUCGAAAAGUGGCUGAACAAGUGCCAGCUAUUGCAGGUCAACCGUGACACUCUGUUCUCUUUCCAUCCCGUGUCCGAGAAGUUCCUGCAGCAGAUGAUGGCCCUUUAUGUCGCGAGUCAUUACAAAAACACACCUAAUGAUCUUCAGCUUAUGAGUGAUGCACCUGCGCAUCAGCUCUAUGUGCUUGUCCCCCCAAUGACGAAGAGGCCACGAAGCUUCCCGAGCCUCUUUGUUCUCAGCCGUGGCCAGCGGGCUGGUGGUGAUCUGAUUCCCUGGCUCGUCAGCCAGCAAUUCCAAGACGAAGACUUUGCCAGCCUCUCGGGGGCUCGUGUCGUCCGAAUCGCCACAAACCCUGAAUAUGUGGGUAUGGGUUACGGCUCUCGCGCCCUUGAGCUCCUGGUUGAUUUCUUCGAGGGUAAAUUCACCAGCCUCUCAGAAGACUCAGCUGCCACUCAGGAGGAGAUGGUCCGUGUUACUGAUGAGGAACUUGCGAACUCAAGCCUCCUUGAUGACAACGUUCAUGUCCGGGAUAUCCGUUCCAUGCCUCCCCUCUUUGGGAAGCUGUCAGAGCGCCGCCCUGAUGCCCUGGACUAUCUUGGUGUCAGUUAUGGUCUCACUCCCAGUCUCCACAAGUUCUGGAAGCGGGCCUCCUUUGCGCCAGUUUAUUUGCGUCAAACGCCCAAUGAGCUGACCGGCGAGCAUUCUUGUGUGAUGCUUCGUACUCUGACCGCUAGCAGCAACGAUGCUGCCUGGCUGGGUGCUUUCGCUCGGGACUUCCACCGGCGGUUCCUUGCCUUGCUCUCCUACCAAUUCCACACCUCUGCUACUCCUCGGGGUUUGACAAAAGCCGAUAUUGAUGCUUCGUUUUCCCCCUUCGACCUCAAGCGUCUUGAUAGUUAUGCGAACAACCAGCUGGACCACCAUGUGAUCUUGGACCUGGUACCCCUCAUCGCGGAAUACUAUUUUGGCAAUCGCCUUGCAGGCAAAGUCAGUCUCUCUGGUGUGCAGCAAUCAAUCCUGCUUGCUAUUGGCCUGCAACGGAAGAGCAUGGAUGAUAUCGAGAAAGAGCUGAACUUGCCUUCGUCCCAGCUCCUUGCUAUGUUCCUGAAGAUCAUUCGAAAAGUCUCCACUUAUUUCCGAGGCGUGGUCGAAGGUGCUGUUGCGGAAACAUUACCCGCACCACAAGUCCCUAAUACGUCUGCGUCCGCCGCCCACGACGAUGAAAUGGUGGUAGAUCGUUUCAAGCCCUUGGAGACCUCACUGGAGGAAGACCUUCAAGAGGACACUGCGCAAGUUUCCGAUGAGAUGCGUGAAAAGCAACGCGCGUUGAUUGAUGCGCUCCCGUUGGACAAAUACGAAAUUGACAACGGUUCCACGUCGUGGGAGGAUGCUGAGAAGCAGAUUCGAAGCGGCGGUGCCUCUACAGUCAGCGUCAAAUCCAAGUCAUCGAAGCGCAAGAAGGGCGAAACUGCUCGUGAGAUUUACGACAAAGAGAUUGACUCCAAAAGGCAAAAGAUGAUCAAGAAGGGCACUGAAGGCCGGAAAAAAUAG